AUGGGUGGAGAUGGAGGAAGUAUCCCAAAAAGAGGAGAUGUUGUGAAAACCAAAGGUUAUGGAUUUAAGAGAAAUUUAGGUGGAAUGGGGUACAUGCCAAAUGUACAAGUAAAAUUAACAAGCGAGGAAAAUUCAACCAAAUUUAUUAUGCAUGAGAGAUGGACAAAAUGCUACUUAACUAACGAACCAUUGAAUCCUCCAAUAGUAAUAUGUAAUAAGGGAUUUUUAUAUAAUAAAGAGGCUAUUAUUAAUAUGUUACUAAGUAAAUCCAAGAUAGUUUCACACAUUAAAAAGCUUUCGGAUAUAUUUGAGGUUAAAAAUAAAUUUAACAAUAUCCUUAAUUGUUUAAUUUGCCCAGUAACCAACAAAAAUCUGGAUUACUAUACUAAAGCUUCGUAUUAUAAAUGUUGUAAACAUAUUAUUGCAUCUUCAGCUUCCUGUUUAAGAAACCCCAAUAUAACCAAAAUCAAGGAAAAUGAUGUUCGGCAAAAACAUCAAAGAAUUUGUAUUUACUGUAAUACUAACAGCAAUUUUUCACUUAACGAAAUUAAGCUAUUCUCAAAUAUAACUUAA